AUGGCCAACCUUCCCUCCCACGCCUCCCCCUCCUUCGCUGCGCAAACGCCUUCCUCCUCUGCGGUCGAUGAUCUCUCCUUGGAUGACAAUGGCCCGACUACUGCGCCGUUGAAUGGCCGAUUAGAUAUGCUGCGUGCGAGUGCCACGAGCGAUUCCGACCAUGCCGGACACAACCAAGGCGACGUCACACCCGCCGUGCCUACCUCACUGCUAUCCCCGUCCUUCACUCCUCCAGCAACCCCUGGUGGCUCCCUGAACACAUCCCAGUUGGCACAACAAACGGCAUCCUCGAAGCCGCCGAGGCUUCUCUCCUGUCUGCCCAAUGUCGAAUGUAUCGUGCGCGCGCGCAUCCCCACCACCAAUGGCGCGGAGAUGUUCCUCCACCUCUACCACAACGAUCUCGAUGACAAGGAACAUCUGGCCAUUGUGUUUGGAAACAGUAUCCGAAGUCGGAGUCUGGAUCGGCCCCGCCCCGGCGAGACGGAAAUGGACCGCAUGAUCCGCGGUGCCUAUGUCGGAAAACUGCAUCCUGGCCGCGUCAGUAGUCGGUACGACGAAGCAAACACCGAGGAUAGUAAUAGCGCAAGAAGGGAAUCUCCCCCGGACGCACCGGCGGUGGAUCAGCCACAGUCGAGCAGUCCCAGCCAAGCACCACUGGUGAGAAUCCAUUCCGAAUGCUACACGGGGGAGACGGCAUGGUCGGCUCGUUGCGACUGCGGGGAACAAUUGGACGAAGCGGCGCGGUUGAUGUCUUUGCCAAUGGAGACCCUGACGGAGGUGGCUUCGCAGCAGUCUGUCUCUUCUGUGCCUUCAAAUGUGUCUGGUGGCGUGAUCGUAUACCUGCGCCAAGAAGGACGGGGGAUCGGGUUGGGGGAAAAGCUGAAGGCGUACAACCUUCAAGACCUCGGGUCCGACACCGUCGAAGCCAAUCUGCUGCUUCGGCAUCCCGCCGACGCCCGGAGCUACGGAUUGGCCACGGCGAUGCUGGCGGAUCUGGGGCUGGGGGUGGAUUCCAACCCUCACGGCAUCCGGUUGCUCACGAACAACCCGGAUAAGGUGCGAGCGGUGGAAGGGCCUAGCCGAGAGGUCGUGGUGAAGGAACGAGUACCGAUGAUCCCGUUAGCCUGGCGGACAGGGGGAAAGUUGGGGAUCACCAGUUCGGAGGUGGAGGGAUAUUUACGAACCAAGGUCGGAAACCUUUUCCGGAUCGACAUGACCGCCUGCUAA